AUGGCAGACGGGUCGGUGCCCACGGUGGAGGACAGGGCUCGCUUCGAAGCAGCCAAGAAGGAACUGAUACAAGCACUCACGAAGAAACGCGCCAUCGACAAACAACUGGCCCAGUUAGAAGUUCAGAUAUACAACUUCGAGGGAUCCUAUCUCGCCGACACAGCGGCUCACAGUGGCGGCAACAUCAUCCAAGGCUUUGACGGAUACCUCAAGAACCAGACAACCGGUAGGAGGAGAUACGAAGUCAGCGAUGCGGAUAGGCUGUUCUCUACGAGCAGCUUGACUUAUCAAAAGGCGAGCCGCUUGCGAAUCUAUUUCAUCCCAACCCUAACCCACGCGCGAUAAAGUCCCUCGAACUCGCCGGAGAAGGGGAAGAGUCUUCAGCCACGGUAGAUGAUGGCAAAUCAUCAGGCUCCGGACCAAUGACUAUUCAUGUGCCAGCUGCACCUAAAGGGCAAUCCCUCGAUGCCGCCCAAGCCAAGAAGCUAAGAGACAGAGAAUACCAGCGCAAGAAGAGAGCAAGUGCUCGAGGGCAGAGUGUUGGGACCAUUAGCGACGACGAAAGUGUAAGCUCUGGCAGACGACCCACAAAGAGGCAGAGGAUGGCU